AUGUCAGAUAAACACAUACCAGAAGAUAUUAUAGUGAGAAUCUUCUCCAGAUUGCCCGUCAAAUCUCUAUUCCGUUUCACAUGUCUUUCAAAAAGGUGGUGUUCCAUUAUAUUGUCUGAUUCAAAUUUCGCCAAAUCCCAUUCUAAAACAGCUGUAGAGCAGCAAACCCGUGGUUUUUGUAGACUCCUCCUCUACGAUAGACGUAGGUUGAGUUCGUCGGAGUUGAAGACGCCAUUAUUUGGAGAUGAUUCUACAGUCAGAAAGCUUAGUUGCCCCUUCAGACAACGACGAGGUAUUUUCUUACUGUGCUCAGGCAAUGGUUUGGUAUGUGCAGUCAAUUUUGAUGAUGAUGAUGAAAACUUCUAUAUUUGGAACCCGUCAACUGGAUUUUUCAAACAAGUACCUCAUCAUCGUGUUUCCGCCUCCACACCAUAUGGCAUAACGUACCAUGGUUGUGGCUAUUUAUCUGCCACUGACGACUUCAAAUUUCUCGUGGCCGGAAAAGAGAAGAAGGAGAAGAAACAAGUGGUUGAGAUCUUGUCAUGGAGAGCUCAAGUCUGGAAAGCAAUUGAAGUCCCUAAGGACAUGUUCAUCGAGUGUAACGGUAUUCUUUUAAAUGAGGCACUUCACUGGCUUGGUGUACAUGUGUCUGGUGGUGAUAAAGUCCUCUUUGCAUUUGACCUGGCAAAGGAGGAGUUCCGGAGGAUGUCGAUGCCUAUUCUUGAUGAAGGCGAUAAGCUUUUCGACGGUAUCACGGUUUCUAUGGGAAAAUGUCUGUGUUUAUAUCGUUUUUUGGAAGGUUCAUAUUUUAGAAAACAUUUUGGUGAACAAAAUAGCUGUAUUGAUCUGUGGAUGAUGAGAGAAUAUGAGGUGGGCGACUCCUGGACUAAAUUUUGUAGGUUAAGGUUUUCCAAUAUACCUAGGCAUAUUUAUAAACUCAGACCCCUGUUGGUCAUGGAGGAUAGUACGCUUGUGGGGAAAUGGACUUACAAGACUGACGCUGAGGCGAUAAGGGUCGGUUAUGAUGGGGUGGUUCUUGAAACAAAUGUGCUUAUGGAUAGUGGAUGUCGAAGUUUGGAAUACGAAGAGAGUUUACUCAGAGGGCACCAAUUUUUGGAACUCGUCUCAGGCCCUCGAAUUUUCAGGUUCGGCCCUACUGCUUUGAUUCCAGAAGAUGCUUCAGAGUUUUCCACCAUUGGAGCCACGAUUAACUUGAGCCGGCUUAGGUUUGUCCAGUUUCUGAGCGGAGCAGAGGACGCCGUCGAGGUCUUCAGCUAUGUCCGGCGGUUGAGACUUGAGGUGAGGCCAUCUGGGAUUUGGGUUUGA